AUGGAAAAGAAGGUUAGUAACUUCAUCAAUGAUGAUCUUUCAUUUAACAUUCUUUCCAAAUUGCCUUUAAAAUCUGUGAAGCGAUUUGGGUGUGUUUGCAAAUCAUGGUCAAUUAUAUUUGAAAACCAUCAUUUUAUGAAAAUGUUCCGCUCAAAUUUCAUAUCUAAUCAUCAUUCUUUCUAUGACGAUACAUCUGUCCUCCUACAGGUUACUCGUAGAUAG